AUGAGUACUGCCAUGUUUUACAUUCUGUUCAUCUCUUUCCUAUUGUCCUCCAAUUCUCUAGGUAUCACUAUGGCUGGACGUGACAUCCCCAUGCGACCCUCCAGUGUUCCAAGCACCAUGAUGGCGCCUUUGGAUUCACAAGGUGAAGGUUAUGUCAAAAUGAAGCCUCAUUUGAAUCACAAGCGACCCUUUUUUGGUGCGCGAGAUGUCAGAGGUUGCUUGCCAAAAGGUUAUAGGCAUUCUUCGGCUCCAAGCAGAUUUGUGAACAAUCUGCCUAUUGUCUCAUGUUCUCGAUUGCGCGGGAAGCCUUGA